GCCCUCUUCCUCCCCACGCCGCAUAUACCACUGUCCCCAACAACUCCUCAGAUUGGGCACGGGCACUCCCUUGAUGUCUCUCUUCCUGUCUUCACCCUCGCCCUCGCCGCCAGCACCACCAACCACAGUUAUUGCAUGGCUCCACCCUCAAUGACGACAAGGGUGUCGCGGCUGCAGGCAAUCCCUUGCUCGUGCUCUCUCUCUUCCUGUCUCCGCCCUCACCCUCGUCGCCAACACCACCACCCACGGUCGCUACACGACCAUCCUCGAUGUCGGCAAGGGUGUCGCGAUCGCAGGGCACCAGCGUAGCUAGGGGCUAGGGCGGAGGUGGGUGCGAGGACCGGUCCUCGCUGCUGCUCCUUGAGCGAGGCCACUUCUCCCGCACGCUCCUUCGUAGAGGAGGUCAUCACCGGCUAUGACAAGACCGACCUCUACAAGACCUGGCAGAAACAGCCAUGGCCGAUAGUCCUGAAGCAGAAAGGGGAAAACAUGCCCAAAUCCUAGAUGGCCUUUUACGUCUUCCGCGUUUGAGAUAUGUAUUGUAUUUGAUAUAUGUCUGACAUAUUUCAUUUGUUCUAUUUUAUGUAUACGACAAUGUUCGGCCUUUAAAUGGCAGUUAUUUCGCUCUAGCGACUGGACGGGUUCACAAUUGAAUGGCAUCCAACAAGAGAUCACAGAUAGGGUGUAGUGGAAAGUUCUUUAUGAGAUCAGUUCUGUUGUUUGAAUAUUUGGGAGUGCCAAUGAUACUGAAGUGUGCACUACCCUACAGGUACAAGAAUUUGGUCGUGAGCGAUAUGUGGGACUUGCCAAACUUGUGAUAAGCAAUCAACACAUUUGAAAGGAAAGUUCAUCCUUCAUGCUCCCUUUACCAAAGCUAUUAUUGUUAUAGAAGGGCCCCUGUUGGAAUUGACAUUCUUAUACAUGGUCUUGUCUUAUCUCCAUCAAGAAAGCUCCAAGCUGCACCAUGCCCAAACAUUAAGGUUUGUAGGCUAACUGCUUCUCACAGUCUGAGAUUAUUUGCAUGUGAACGAUCCUGACUCUUGAGACUUAUGAAACCUUUUUUUCUUUUGUUAUAACUUUCAUCUGUCAUGAUACUGUAAAAGAUACUAUAAAAUUGUCCUCUCUAAUCAAAGAAUAUUUAUUUGUUAAAUAUUACAGAAUGUUUUGUAUGGAACUAAUAUAUUGCACAAUAAUGCCUUCACUCGUGGGCUUUCUGGGUGGAGUCCUAUGGUUCAUGUUGAUUGAGUAUCUAGACUGAAGCACCCCAUAUGCUACUUUCUAUCUUGAAGGACCGUGGAAGCCAGAAGCAUAUAAGUGGCUAUUAUAUCCUUGCCAUGAACCGCAUAGAUGCUUGGAUGGGUCCUUCGUAGGUCAUAACUGAUAAGCUAAGAUUACAUGUCACUUACAGAGUAUCCGCUUGGGUACGAUUUGGGUCCGAAGGACAUGGACAUCACCAUGUAAUUGUCAGUCUUGCUGUGGAUAAAAACCAAUGGGUCAAUUGUGGGCAAGUGGAUGUUGAUGGGGAUCAAUGAUAUGAAAUCAAAGCAGCAUUCAAGCUUGAAAAGUAGCCAUCCAAAGUUAAUGCAUAUGUUCAAGGCCCUCCUGCAGGUGUUGAUCUUAGAGUCAUGGAGUUUUAUAUAUAUGCUGUUGGAGAAAAUAGACAAGGGUGGUCUGAUAGGGGCAUAUGGCUACUUUGUGGGAUCGAAAAGUUUGAUGCCUCAAGAGGAUUUAAGAUUUCCACCUAUGUGUAUUGGUGCAUUCAUCAGCUUCCAUACGAAGACAUGACACCUUUUCAGGCAACAGUUGUCGUUGUUCAAAAGAUCGACUGGAUCUAUAUGGGAUUGACUCUGCUCGUGCUGAAGGAGAAAGAGCGUGCUUGGCUUGCGGGAGACCAUGUUUCGGUUCAUAUUUUUUUCAUGGGUCAUGUUACCUGUCAUGUCAGAUUAUACAACUUCUGAUAUUUCUGUCUUUGCGAGACAACUACCAAAAUAGUUUUACAUCAUGACUA